CCCAUACUUCUUAGCUCUGGGGCUUCUCUCCUUGCAAACCUCUGCAGUGUGUGUGUAUGUAUGUGUGGGGGGGGGACGUGUGUGGUCGGUUGUGUGUGUGUGUGCGUUUGCGGGCAUGUGUGUGUGUGUGUGUACGUGGCGCGGGAGGCAGUGUCCGGACAUGGACGGCAGUGUGCUUCGUUCCUGGGACUUGCUCACACGGCCGCGCGCCACUCCGUACACCCGUGUUGCGCCCGUAUAUUGCAGCGAGUGUUGUGCCAGUACACUGUAAGGAGUGUGUUGACAGUGAAGUGUACCGAGUAUUACGACCGAGUACUGUAACGAGUACUGCAACCUUGAACUGUAACCUGAGUUUUGUGCUGUAUUUUUCAACGAGAGUUGCGCCCAUACACUCUAACGAGUGAAUCACUCUCGUGCUCUAAUAAGUGUUGGACAGUGUGCUGUAACUUGAGUUUUGUGCACGUGUACUCUAGCCUGAAUUUUGUGCCCUUAUAAUACAGCGAGUUUUGUACCCGUAUUAUGGGUGAGACACACGCAAUCGCUGAGAUACGCUCGUCUAGCGGGUAAGUGUCGUGGAUGUGCUGUGACUGACUGCCGUGACAGCCGUUACAUUCAUGUCAGAGACUCUCACAUGACUCACAUGCUUAACGUCGAAUUGUAAAAACAUUGUCGGGGAAUCUAGUUAUCUUGAGUUCGACUGCGCUAAGUAUCGAAGAUCUUCUGCCGCGACGGGAACAAGAGUCGACGCCGAGGGACGGCGAGAUCGAGGGCGAGGCCAGCCAGGUGUUGGUCAGCACGGAUAAUCUUUCCAACUUGGGAAAGGUCUUAGGAGAGACGUCCCGCGUCAGGCUGACGUCCGCUGGAGACACUAGCAGAGACUCACCGCCUGUGGUGACGUCACUGCCAUUACUGAGCCUCCCGCAGGCAGCUCCUGAGCCCAGCAACGUGUGUGAAGGGCGUGUGUGCGAGGGGCGGGCGUGUGGACGACCGCGUGAAUGCAGCGGUGACGGCGGGAUGAAGGUGAGCGGUGGCGAGGCUGCGGGCCCCGUGCUGCCAGUGUGGCAGACGCUGAAGGGCCUCAGCUCCAGGGACGUGCAGUGCAGCAGCCCUACUAGCCCCGGCUACCAGCAACAGCAACAACAACAGCAGCAGCAGAGUGUGCAUGGCUCCAACAUGGCUGCUGAGCGUCUUGCUCGCCGAGAUUCAUGUCCCCUAGAUGCCCCUUCGUCUUCUUCUUUUCCUUACCCAGGAAGGAACCCCCCCUUGCCCCAACUGCUGAUUCCUGAGGGAGAUCGCUCACCAGGGCUCCUUAAUGGCUCGGUGGCCCCGCCUCUUUCAGCGCCUCCUAUUGUCUCCACGGGAGAGGGUCCUGCUCGACCUCUGUGGGGGCCACCAUCGUCAUCAACGACCUCUACCUCACUCUCCAACACAAAUCUUGCCCUUCACAACAACAACAAUAACAAUAAUCAUGUCGUCAGUAACAACAACGUCAGCUACGCGACUUCUCCCAAGGAGGAAGAAGAGGACGUGGAAACACCGAGCGUCUUCAGCUUUCUCACAGGGCUGCCCUACCAGUUCAUGAUAGAUCUGUACAGACACACUCGGAUCAGCAGUAAGAAGAUGCGCAAGAGAGUGGUGCAGAAGAAUGGAGAAUGUAACGUGUCACCGUCCAAUGUAGCCAAGCGGCGGAGACGCUAUCUUCAAGAUAUCUUCACUACCCUCGUUGAUAUCCAGUGGCGGUGGACGCUGUUGGUGUUCGCCAUGUCGUUCAUCAGCUCGUGGAUGUUGUUUGCUGUAGUGUGGUGGCUCAUCGCCUACACUCACGGUGACCUAGAAGAACAACAUCUGCCACACAAACAGGAGGAAUCCAGGUGGACGCCGUGUGUGGUGAACGUGUUCAGUUUCACUUCGUGUUUCCUGUUCAGCGUGGAGACUCAGCAUACUAUCGGUUACGGGUCCCGUCACACCACAGAACAGUGUCCAGAGGCCAUCUUUGUUAUGUGUCUGCAGAGCAUCACGGGUGUCAUGAUACAGGCCUUCAUGGUUGGCAUCGUGUUCGCCAAACUCUCUCGUCCCAAGAAGCGCACGCAAACACUCUUAUUCUCUCGCAACGCGUGUCUUUGUCUCCGUGACGGCGAGAUGUGUCUCCUUUUCCGCGUGGGAGACAUGAGGAAGUCUCACAUCAUCGAGGCUCACGUGAGGGCCCAGCUCAUCAGGAAGAGAGUCACGCGGGAGGGAGAGAUCCUGCCCUUUUUCCAGUACGAGCUGGACGUGGGUUACGACAUCGGAGAGGACCGCAUCUUCUUCAUUUGGCCCAUGACAAUGGUGCACAAGAUCAACGAGAACUCUCCCCUCUACGAUCUCUCCGCCCACGAUCUGCUCCGGGAGAAAUUUGAGAUAGUCGUCAUACUAGAGGGCGUAAUAGAGUCCACAGGUAUGACUACCCAGGCGCGGUCAUCCUACCUGCCCAACGAGAUCCUGUGGGGUUACCGCUUCGAGCCCCUGGUGACCUUCAACAAGGAGCUUGGAGAAUAUGCCGUCGACUAUUCGCUCUUCAACAACACUUACCAGGUCAACACACCUCUGUACUCCGCUAGGGAACUUGACAGACUCAACAGCCAGGCGUCGACACCAGAGCAUGAUCAGGAAGACUCGCAGCCCCCAUCUCCCACCAGGAAGACCAUGAUGCAAGUGACGCCCCUGACGCCUGUCACCCCUAUGUCUCCCCUGACGCCCAUGACACCAACGUCAGCGACUGGCGUGGGUGGGGGGUCGUGUGCUCUGGACCUACACGCCUGCCCACACUCCUCCUGUGACGCUUCACAAGACGCACCUGCCUCUCGACCCCUACUGCACGAGCACGAUGAUGUCUAGCAGAUGGCCCCGGGUGCCCAAGGGUGCCCGUGUCCGUGCCUUACUGGGGUUGAGAUGACGCUGCGGGUACGUGGCUGUCGUGCUGGAAGGACCUGUGCAUGUGAGGGAAGCCAUCAACCUUCACCGUGUCAUACCCUUC